AAGUCACAUACAGAACAAUCUGUCUUUGCUUUAGCAAAUAGAGAAAUAGAAUAAUAAAACAUAAUUUGUGUGGUUCGGUCAUGUGACAAGAAAGUAAGACACUUGACUACAGCUGCGAUAUUCUCCUCCCACACACUGACGCUGAGGUUAAACUAAAUAGUAGACAGUCUACACUUAAGAUUCGCAAGUUAACAGGUAACAACUGGAUACCAGACCGCUAAACUAAAGGUGACUUACCUGUGUGUAAAGCAAACUUUGUGUUUGCCAAGAGGAACAGGCUGUUCAAUCUGUGUCAUUGCCUCAGAGGAACUGUGACAAAAUAAGGCAGGAAGACUUCGAAGCACACAGCUAUAGAGAGACAACAAUACAAACAGAAAAUCCGUGGAAGGAAAACAUCCAAAAUAGUUUGGAUUCUUUUUUAUUUUCUAUUCCUAUCUGAUAAAGCAGUGUUUGAGAAUGAACCUGUACCUCCAUACUUUGGCAUGUGCUUUUGGUCUGGGUUCCUGGGUGUCCAUUAACGGCUUGUGGGUGGAGCUUCCUCUGAUAGUCAAUGUUCUGCCAGAGAAAUGGGACUUACCCUCUUACCUCACAGUUAUUAUUCAGCUUGCCAACCUCGGUCCUCUGCUGGUCACCCUGUCACACAAAUUUUGCCCUGGACGACUGCGGGAAAAUCUGGUUAUCUAUGCAGUCCUGUCCAUCGGUAUCGUGGCUUGUGUUCUGCUGGCUUUUUUUUGGAAGUUCACCACAGUGUUUCUAGGGCAACCACGUAGCACAGCAUUUUUCAUCCUCACCUUCUUUCUCGCCCUCGUCGAUUGCACCUCCUCUGUCACAUUCUUGCCAUUUAUGAUGCAACUUCCUGCCAAAUACAUCACCACGUACUUCAUUGGAGAGGGUCUUAGCGGUCUGGUUCCAGGCCUUGUUGCACUGGCGCAAGGGGUCGGAAUGUCAAAAUGUGUCAACGUGUCGUAUGUGUCGAAUAACCUUACUGAGCCUGGACACCCGCCCUUCAUAGUGGAGACGCACUACCUCCCUCCCAAUUUCUCGACAGAGAUCUUUUUCUCAUUUUUGGCUGUAAUGACAGCAGUAAGUUUAGGUGCAUUCUUUAUGUUGAACCGUGUGCCUCGCACCUUUGAACUGUCCACCGAGAAUCUUGUUCCUGAUGCUGUGGCGACAGUCUGCAAGAGUUUGGAAAGCUCUGCGGAAGCCAAUCCAUGCACAAACGGUGAAGAGAACGUUGGAAAGAAGGCUGUAAUACUGGAAAGCGGAUACCAGCUUGCAUUUAUCUAUUUAAUGGUGGUGUGGGUAAAUGGAGCAACGAAUGGACUGUUGCCAUCUGUACAGUCAUUUUCCUGUAUGCCUUAUGGAAAUAUGGCCUAUCACCUGUCUGCCGCCCUGUCGUCAGUAGCCAAUCCAGUGGCUUGCAUCAUUGCAAUGUUUUUCCCUAAACGGUCUUUGGUAUUUUUGGGUGUCCUGUGUGUGCUGGGCUCAGUUUUUGGAGGAUACAAUAUGGCCAUGGCUGCCAUGAGUCCUUGUCCAUUACUCCAAGAUGCACCUCUAGGGGACGCUAUUAUUGUGUUGUCGUGGGUGUUCUUUACUGGCCUAAUGUGUUAUGUGAAGGUGAUGGUGGGUGUGAUCCUAAGGGACAGGAGUCACAGCGCACUCGUGUGGUGUGGAGCGGCAGCGCAGGCAGGCUCGCUGCUGGGCUCUUUUAUUAUGUUUCCUCUGGUCAACAUCUUUCACCUGUUUCAGUCUGGUGACAUCUGCAACACUGAAUGUCCAUUAUAGUCAAAUAUUUUAAAGUAUUUAUAAGGGAAUUAACAAAGGGAAUAAUCUUCUUGCUUUUACAUUGUCAGCUAAUAAAAAUCAGUGUCGAGUUAAAAUCCU